AUGGGCGUGGUCUCGAACGCAGAGCCCAGGGCUAUGCUGGCCGCCGGCCUCCUCGCAGCAAUCUUGGUCCUCCUCGUUCACUGGGCCCAGAGUUCCUACAGAUGGCACAGAAAGUACAAGAUGCCACCACGAGUACCCGGGAUUCCAAUCUUCGGCAACAGCUUCCAGAUCCCAGAAAUCCAGCAAGGACCAUGGGCGAAGGAACUCGCGGCGAAGUACGGCGAAAUGUUUACGUGCAAAUUUGGCGGCAGUACAUGGGUAUUCCUCAACUCGUCCCGUGUGGUUACUGACCUCAUGGAGCGGCGAGCAGCAAUCUACAACUCGCGGCCACCGUUCCCAAUGACCCAGGACAUCAUGUCUGGUGGGUCUCGGAUUGUGUUGAUGCAGUACAACGAAAGAUGGCGUCUUCUGCGCAAGAUCAUGCAUCAGAUCCUGAGUGCAAGGAAUCAAGACGUGUUCCAGCCGUUUCAAGACCUAGAGUCAAAGCAGCUCUGCUGGGAGUAUCUGCAUUCGCCGGACAGGUGGUGGUCGGCAAAUAGCCGGUACGCGAACUCGGUCAUUAUGAGUGUUGUCUUCGGUCGGAGGUCUGCACUUGAUGAUCCCGAUGUGGUCGAGCUCUUUGAGACGCUGGAGCUGUUCCUUGAGAACCAGCAGCCUGGGGUUAACAUCGUUGAUGCGUUUCCCGUGCUUGCUCUAUUGCCGAAGAUGCUCCAGUGGUGGCGACCAAAAGGAGAAGCAAUUUUCGAGAAGACGCGCAAGGUUUACAAGCGGGAGCUCGACCGGCUUGAGCAGAAGAUCCACGCCGGUACCCAGCGUCGAUGCUUUGGGGUUGAAUUCCUCGAAAGCAACGAGGUUCAGAAGAUGGACGAGACCCAAAAGCUGUUCGUAUUCGGCUCGUUGAUGGAGGCUGGGAGCGAUACUUCGCGCGUGACUAUCGGUCAAAUCAUCGCCGGAGCCAUCAUAUACCCGGACUGGGUCGCCAGGGCCCGGGCCCAGCUGGAUAGCGUAUGCGGCAGCAAUGCACAACGUCUACCGCAGUGGGAGGACCGCAUCAAUCUCCCCUAUAUCACAGCGGUCGUGAAGGAAGGAUUCCGCUGGCGCCCGAAUAUUGCAGAGAUCGGGGCGCCCACGACUUUGAUCCAGGAUGACGAGUAUGAGGGAUACCGGUUUCCCAAGGGCACAGUCUUUACGUGGAACGCGUGGGCUAUUGCCCUCAGUCCUGAUGAAUACGACGAGCCGGAGCGAUUCUGGCCGGAUCGAUUCCUCAAUGGUGAUCUGGAUAAUCCGUUGAAGGGGCAUUGGGCAUUCGGGCCAGGUCGCCGCGUGUGUGUGGGCUGGAAGGUUGGAGAGAUGAAUGUGUGGAUUGCUAUUGCUCGCCUUUUAUAUUGUUUUGAUUUCCUGGACGUGCCAGGGCAGCCCAUAGACAGCAUGCGCAUUCCACAACUCACCCGUAACGCUCCUCAGUUUGCUGCAAACGUGAAGGUGCGCAGUCCAGCUCAUGCGGCGCUCAUCACGAGAGACUGCGAGGGGGCAGUUCGCACUGUGUAUUAG